AUGGACGCACAUGACAUUGUUUCCAACAUUGCCUUCACGACCUCAGGGUCGCUGGUCGAUUGCGUCGACAAAAAGAUGCUCGUAGUGCUGCGAGAUGGAAAGAAGCUUAUUGGUGUGCUCCGUUCCUAUGAUCAGUUUGCCAACCUCGUGUUGCAAGACACUGUAGAACGAGUCUUCGUUGGCAACCGCUACGGAGAUGUUGCACGAGGCAUCUUUCUCGUUCGAGGAGAAAACGUAGUUCUCAUGGGCGAGAUUGAUCUGGAUGCCGAAGACGAAGUGCCGCCUUCCAUCGCAGCACCAUUGCCACCAUCCGCCUUGCCACAGCUUCUCGCCGCAAAGGAAGCCGAGGCGGAAUCCAAGGCAAAGAGCGAAGCCAAGAAGGCCGAUAUCUUGCGCAUAGCUCAAGGUUUCUGCGCCGAUAAGAGCGGAGACGGUGACAUGUACUAG